UCAAAACUUGAAAUAGCCGCAUCGCUCCAUUUUAGCGCUAAAACUCAAACGGAAAAAAAGAAAAAGGAAAGGCGUGACGUUGAGAGCAGAGACGAAGCGACACCGCACACGCUCACUGAUUGAGUAUGGAGAUCAACAGCCCAGCACCGGGUCCAAACACGGUGACCGUUCGCCGUAACCCUCACCGGAGGGCCAGGCCAACGCCAACGCCCGCCACAGCAGCUCGAGAAAUGCAAAUUCCGUCUUCAAUUGCGCCCGGAGUACGAUCUUUCCCAACCCAAGAAAUCCUCUCCAUGGACGUUGCUAAACCGAACCCCGUGGCCGAAAACCUUAGGGUUUUUCUGAGGAUUCGGCCCCUUGUGCCGUCCAAGCUUGGGGACAAAACAGGCGGCUUCGGGGCGGAUCAGAAUCCGAAGCCGAGAUUAAAAAAUGCUUGGCCCCAAAACCCGGCGAAGAAGAAGUCGGCGGCCGGACGAUCGCCGCAGAACAACAGAAAGAUAAAGGAAGAAGUCUGUAUAAAAGUGAAUACUUCUCAUUCCGUGACGCUAUCGCCGCCACUAGCACUGCAGGAAUCUAACCGCACGAAGACUGAGGUUUAUGAGGGGUUUUCGCACGUCUUCUCCUCUGAUUCCUCUCAGGAAGAGGUGUAUGAUAAGAUGGUGAAGCCUUUAGUAGAAGAAUUUCUGAGGGGUAAGAGUGGGAUGCUGGCUGCAUUGGGGCCUAGUGGCUCGGGUAAGACUCAUACGGUGUUUGGGUGCCCCAGGCAGCCGGGUAUGGUUCCGCUUGCUCUUCAACAUAUCUUCAAUCAGACUUCAGGGAGCAUUUCUGAGUCUUCGAGAUCAUUUUUCAUAUCGAUCUUCGAGAUAAGCUCUGAACGAGGCAAAGGAGAAAGGCUAUUUGACUUAUCUCCUAAUGGUGGAGAUUUAAGCAUGCAACAAUCAACCCUAAGAGGCUUGCAAGAGAUACCCAUUUCUGACGCUAGACAGGCAGAAUCGUUAAUUGCUCAGGCAAUGCUAAAGCGUGCAACGGGAAUGACAAAUGCAAAUAGCCAAUCAAGCCGGUCGCAGUGUAUUAUAAACAUUCGUGCUGUUGCUGACAAGUGUAAUGGAGAUGAUAAUAAUCAAGCAAAUGAUGGCGUCCUCACUAUUGUUGAUCUUGCUGGAGCGGAAAGAGAAAAAAGAACUGGAAAUCAGGGAGCCAGAUUGCUUGAAAGUAAUUUCAUCAACAAUACAUCAAUGGUUAUAGGCUUGUGCUUGAGAUCGUUACUGGAGCAUCAGAAGAACCCUAAGAAACCAUUGCAGAAACACUUUCAGAACUCUUUGUUAACCAAGUAUCUGCGAGAUUAUUUGGAAGGCAAGAAGAGGAUGGCAUUGAUUUUAACAGUCAAAUCAGGAGAAGGGGAUUAUCGUGAUACAUCUUACGUGCUGAGACAAGCCUCACCUUUUAUGGAAAUCAAGUAUAAUUAUGUUGAAGAACCAUCAAAUAUCUCAUACCCCAAAAGGCAUUUCCAAGCUUUGUCUAGAACUGAGCAGCGCAAAAAAAUGAAAGUUACUGAUCCCGAUGCUUGCGCUAUUGAAGAACACAAAAGCAUUGAAGCAGAAAAUGCACUAUCCAAGGAAGGUUCUGUAAAAAGCAGUGGUUGUGUUGACUCCGAUCAGGGAGAGAGAAACCAUCGGAUAAUGCAGAGUUUUUCCAAAGCUAUAUGGAAUGUUUUGAAGCAGUAUAAAGAAAAACUCAAGGUGGCAGAUGACGAAAUCCAACAUCUCAGAGAAAAUCUCAUGACUGAACAGACAAGAUGUCUUGAGCUUGAAAAGGAGCUCAAGGAUGUCCAGUCCUGCUGUUCAUGUUCCAACAGAGAAGCAGUUGAGGUCAGCUUGUCUGGAGUGGGUGGUCAAGAAUCUAGCAAUCUUGAUGAGGUGAAAAGUUUGGAUGUUGUUGAGGUGAGUACUUUAUGCCUUGAACUUGAAAACCCAAAUAAGCAAGAUCAUCAGACAUGUGAGGGAGUUUCCGGCAGUGAACAUAGUGCCACGGAUCUGUGUGAGUCUAUAUCUGUCAGACCAGAGGAUAGUUAUUUGAGUGUGGAUGUAGCAGGUUUUAUGGUGGACUCUUAUCAGUCACUUGCCAUGCAUAGAAAGGAUAGCUGCUCUUCUGUUGAACUGGACGACUUGCUUGGUGAGGGGCAUAAGGAAUCAUCAAAAGAUAUUUCCUUAAAUGGAUAUUGCAAUGCUGUUGACCUGCUAGAUGAUGAGAGUUCACUCAAUACUUCUUUCCAAGCAUUACAGACGGAGAACUUGGAGGAGGUUGCCUCUACUGGACAAAGUAAUGGUGUUGACCUGCUAGAUUGUGAGAGUGGCCUCGAUACUUCUUGCCAAGCUAUACAGUUGAAGAAAUCGGAAGAUGUCCCCUCUACUGGACAUUGCAAUGCUGUUGACCUGGUAGAUAGUGAGAAUUUACUCAAUACUUGUUGCCAACCAUUACAGACGGAGAACUUGGAGGAGGUUGCCUCUACUGGACAAAGUAAUGGUGUUGACCUGCUAGCUUGUGAGAGUGGCCUUGAUACUUCUUGCCAAGCUAUAUGGUUGACGAAAUUGGAAGAUGUCCCCUCUACUGGACAUUGCAAUGCUGUUGACCUGCUAGAUGGUGAGAGUGCACUCGAUACUUCUUGCCAAGCAUUACAGAUGGAGAACUUGGAGGAGGUUGCCUUUGCUGGACAACGUAAUGGUGUUGACCUGCUAGAUUGUGAGAGUGGCCUUGAUAUUUCUUGCCAAGCUAUACAGUUGAAGAAAUCGGAAGAUGUCUCCUCUACUGGACAUUGCAAUGCUGUUGACCUGCUAAAUAGUGAGAGUUCCCUCGAUACUUCUUGCCAAGCAUUACGGACGGAGAACUUGGAGGAGGUUGCCUCUACUGGACAAAGUAAUGGUGUUGACCUGCUAGAUUGUGAGAGCGGCCUUUAUACUUCUUGCCAAGCUAUACAGUUGAAGAAAUCGGAAGAUGUCCCCUCUACUGGACACUGCAUUGCUGUUGACCUGCUAGAUAGUGAGAGUGCACUUGAUACUUCUUGCCAAGCAUUACAGACGGAGAACUUGGUGGAGGUUGCCUCUACUGGACAAUGUAAUGGUGUUGACCUGCUAGAUUGUGAGAGUGGCCUCGAUACUUCUUGCCAAGCUAUACAGUUGAAGAAAUCGGAAGAUGUCCCCUCUACUGGACACUGCAUUGCUGUUGACCUGCUAGAUGGUGAGAGUGCACUCGAUACUUCUUGCCAAGCAUUACAGACGGAGAACUUGGAGGAGGUUGCCGUUACUGGACAAUGUAAUGGUGUUGACCUGCUAGAUUGUGAGAGUGGCCUUGAUACCUCUUGCCAAGCUAUACGGUGGGAGAAAUCUGAAUAUGUCCUCUCUACUGGACAUUAUAAUGUUGUUAGCCAGCUAGAUUGUGAGAGUGGACUUGAUACUUCUUGCCAAGCUUUACAGUUGGAGAAAUCGGAAAGGAGAGCUUCGCCUUCUUCAUCUCCAUCACCAAAGGAUGUCAGUGCGGUUGAUGUUGAGGAUGAGAUUCAGAAGCCUCGGGAAUUAUCGAACUUUCCAACAUCGCCGAAGGUAGACCUUGUGUUAACUAAAGGGUGCGAUGUUAUUGCAAUUCCAGACAGGGAAACAAGAGAUUCUGGUGUUUUGGAUGUGAAGGAUGAGAUUCAGAAGCCCCGGGAAUUAUUGAACUUUCCAACAUCACCGAAGGAAGACCUUGUGUCAACUAAAGGGUGCGAUGUUAUUGAGAUUCCUGACAGUGAACCGGGUGUUAAAAUCUCUACAAAAACAGAGAAACCGAAAAGGAGACUUUUGCCUGCAUCAUCCUUAUUGCUAAGGGAUUUCAGUACUCUGGACAUUAACGAUGAUGAGAAGCCAAAGCGUGGAAAGAGGAAAUCAGGUGCCGUUGAAGAAAGGCACAGAACGCAAGGUAGCAUCUCUCUUUUGCGUUUGCUCCACAGAAAUCUUCCUAGUUAGGAAUUAGUACCAGUUCAUUUUGCACCUGGCCCAUUUUUCUGUUUUGUGUUUUGGCCCCCUCUGCAAUUAGUGUGGUGUGCAAAGUUGGAUGAAAACAUAUUUAUCUAUAUGCUUGCAUUACCUAUAUCAUAUGAGAAACAUUCCGACAUGCAUUCGUGACCAUGUUUAUUUAAGAACAUUUUUAUAAGAUAAAAAAAAUAGUUAUUUUGUAUUUUAGUCGCAUUUGUCUUCAUGUGACCUCACUUAAUGUAAGUGCUAUAGUCAAACACUCUUAUCGAAAAUCGUAACAAAAAAUCUUAAUAUGUUA